AUGAAAUUCUUAUGCCUCCCUGGGGGUUAUUGCAAUGCCAAGAACCAGACUUUUAAGGCACAACUAGGGCCAUUCACUGAUAGUCUUGCCUCUGAUGGAAAGACAACCUUCCACUACACCCAGGGUGACAUUUUAAUGGAAAAUCCUGUCGUAGACUGGGAUGGGUUUUUCGGGCCACCACCCAAUUAUACAUUUGUCGAGAUCAAUUUGAUGGCUACCGCGUUCAACAUACGCGAUUUUCCCAAGCGCGAAACGCCCGAAGAGACCAUGAGACUCGUGGUGGAACUAUUGGACGACCCGAGACCCACGAAUAUUAGAUCACUCAUGGACCGCUUAGUCGGAAUUCUAGACAGUGAGGGGGAUAUCGACGGUGUGAUCGGCUAUUCCGAAGGAGCGGUUGUCGCGACGUCGCUAUUGCUCGAAGAAGCGCGACGGCAGAGAGAAUACGGACGCACGCCACGUAUUAAAUUUGCCGUGUUGAUAUGUGGAUGGCCACCCAUCGACCCUGUUACCGGGCAAACGAUUCUAGCAGAUGAGUUCGACGAGGUGGUGAUCACGGUACCUACUUGUCACGUGGUGGGAGCGCAGGACCCCUUUCUCGAUGCAGGAAUGGCUCUAUAUAAUUUCUGGGAUCCGGAUCAGGCAGAGAUUUUUGACCAUGGAGGAGGGCAUGUCAUUCCUAGGGAUGCAAAGACCUGUCAGGAGAUUACUGAAGUAAUUCGGAGUUUGAUGCGGUCUGUUGAAGAUCACUGA